AUGAAAUCCAUAUACAUUGUCGGCAUAAUCAUACUUAUGGCAGAAACAGAGUGUUUUAUUCAAGACACCACGAGCAUUAAAAUUUUAGAGGAACAAAGGACACUCUUAAGAAAAUUGCAAAAUUUCCAAGAUCCGAAAGAUGAGAAACCUUUGACGUGGAACGAGAUGCUCGCAGACGUAUUAGUGAACAGAAUAAAGAUAUUAUCAUUCAACAAAGUGAACGAAAACGAAAUAAUCGAAGAUAGUAAGCCAUCAAAGGCGAAAAACUUUAUAAGGUCGUACUUCAGUGAGGUGAUGUUGUUAUUCAAGAAUUGUAUUUACGAUAAAUUCGUGACGAAAUACGAAGAACCAGAUUAUAAGGAGGAAGAUUUAGGAACUGAUGCACCUGAAGUUUUUAUUACUGAUGAUAUUGACAGUUUAAAUGAUGAUGUGGAACUCAUAGAACCGAAGUAUCAUGGGAAACAAAUUGUGGUGGAACCAGAAGGAGCUGAAGACAAGGCUAUAGUUGGCUGUCCUGAAGGAACUGAGAAGGAUCAUAAAGGGAGCUGUGUGAAGGCACAUUCUCGGCUGCUCAUAGCAGUGCCCAGUCAAUGCCCGAUGGGCUACAGACGAGAUAGAUUAGGAUUUUGUAGAGCUGUGUUCUCCUUUUAG